AUGUUCUCGCGUAUUGCCAGGUUGCGAUUCCUUUCACCCCUUCUUCUUACAUUCUCGACAUUGGCAGCUGCUAGAGAUGACUCUCUGUUCACUUCUUCCGUGACUUAUUGCUCACCACCAGAGACUCUCCUCAUUCAGCAAUUUGACAUUGCAUACUUUGCCAAGAAUCAGUCCAUAUGGUUUAACAUCUCCGCAGCAAGUGUCGAUCCCAAUGUCAGUGUGACCGCCAAUGUAAUGCUGAACGUUUAUGGAAUGCAUCCCGUGAACUUCACCAUCGAUUUAUGCUCGCUGUUCAGUGGUGCCCUGUGCCCAUUGCCGAUGUAUAACUUUACCGGUUCCGACUCUAUCCCUCUGCCAUCUUCCCUCGGUGUUGCCGGCAAGAUCCCUAGCAUCGCUUUCCAAAUUCCAGACCUUGAGGCGUAUGCACAAUUAUCCCUCACGGAAGUGAACACUGGAGUCCUUAAGGCUUGUGUUCAAGCAACCCUUUCUAACGGCUGGUCAGCACAUCAAGUAGCUGUGGAAUGGGCAACUGGUGCACUCGCACUACUUGCUCUUCUCUCUGCGGUUUUCUACUCGUUUACGCCAGACACCCUGGCGCCCUUCCGUCUUUUCGAUCUUCUCUACCUAUAUCAAUGGACUGCAUCAACAGCACUCCUGGAUCUUAAUUAUUCCUCAGUCUAUCAGGCAUUUACAACCAACUUUGCAUGGGCGAUGGGUUUAUUCUCCGCGUCCGCGACCUCUUCCAUUCAGAUUUCCAUCAACAACAUGCGUCACCUCACUGGAGGCAAUAUGGCCGAUUCCACUGGAGGUUCUGCAGUCGCUCUCGUGAACCGCAAACUUAGUCCAUACAAUGCCAUAGCUUCGUCAACUUCUCUUGCCUCUUCCAGUCAAUACGCGGGCAUCGGCAUAGAGAACCUUUGGGCGUCUUCCAAUAUGACUUCUGCCAAUUAUAUGUCGGACAUCUCGGUCGCCUCUGUUCAAGAACUAUCAACCUCUGGCGAUGUACAGCUUGUGACAUCGUUAUCCACGAAUGUUCUCCAGGCUGGUGUACCUAUCUAUGUCAACUCUGUUGGCAUCGCCACGGCUAACUCUUUCAUGACUGUCUUCCUGGUCGUCUUGAUGAUCGCCGCGAUAUUGCUUGCGGUCCUUGCCGUCGGUCAUUGCGUCCUUGCUGCAACAUCUUUGUAUGGACAACGGACAGAAAGGUACAUUGCUAAUUGGCGUUAUCGAUAUCUUUCAUUUGCUCGCGCCUGGCUGCUGCGCAUUUGCCUGAUCGUAUUUACUCCAGUGGCAAUAUUUGCGCUCUAUCAGUGGACGCUCAAGGAUUCAUGGCUGUCUAUCUUCCUCUCAGUGAUUUUAUUCCUUGCAGUGGUUGGCUACAUCCUGCAUUCUAUUGUCCGCGUACAUCGCCUGGCCCUUCGUUCAACGCCCUCUGAGCUGUAUACGCAACCCGAUCUCAUAGCUUCUCAUGGUCCUCUGUAUGCCAUAUACCGCUCGGAGCGAUUUUACUGCCACUACUCCCUUGCUCUCUUUAUCGCGUUUUCUCAUGCCAACGGUGUCGUGCAAAUUGUCGCAAUCCUCGUUAUAGAAUGCAUGGUCCUUGCCUCUCUAUUAGCCCUUCGGCCACACAAAUCAAGGGGUGCUGAUGUCCUCGCAACCUACCUGGCGAUUACCAGAGUAGUUUGCACUGGCCUCAUGAUCGCAUUUUUGGAGAGCUUAAACCUAGGGGCAAUACCUCGGGUUGUGAUCGGCAUUGUGAUAGCUGUUAUCAUUUCGGUUGCUGUCAUCGUCAUGUUUAUCAACACGCUUGUGAACAUGGGGAUCAUGAGACUUGUCCCGCCACGUUAUAGACGGCGCCCGGGUGCCACGGCCAGUGGUUUGGAUGCGGAGAAGGGCGCUGGGAAUGAUGAGAAAGACUGGCGGCCGCGGAAUCCUACGCCAGAGCGGAACAUUCCCCUGGAUCCUGAUGUCAAUCAACCAUAUCCUGACAGUCCUUCCCAGACUUUGACGGACCAUCAGAGUCUCUAUUCAGAAGAGUCGGGGUCAACGACGCUAGGAUCACUGCUGCCACGGCGGUGGUCGAUCCAACAAUCUCAACGCUCAAAUCACUCGCGGUCCAACUCUCAAUCACAGUACUCGUCGAGUCAAUCAAAUUAUUCACCCUCUCAGUCCAAUUAUAUGUCAAAUGUGUCAUCACCACGGCAGUCCGUGCCGCCUUCGCCGCUACGCACACAAACACCAUCACAUAGCAGACAGCCCACUAUAGACGAGCGCCCUCCAUUUCCAUAG